AUGCCGGCCAAAGAUGAUUUCUGGCGAUUUCCAGAACUCCCUGCAGAGUUACGCCUUCGAAUAUGGAAGUUUGCUCUGCCUGGUCCACGUAUUGUACUCUUACAAGCAGACCACCGUUUUAUAGAAUUCAGAGAACCAAAGCCUAAGGAGAAACAUCUGCUGCCAUUCUACAAUGAUACUAGUCGUCCCUCGUAUCGUCACGUCUCAACGUUAAAAUCCGGACGUCGAGUACCAGCAAUGCUAUCGGCUUGCAUUGAAUCUCACCGGGUCGCGCUCAAUCAUUAUAAGAUGAUGUUUUCUUUUUUUUCGACAAUGGUUGCUCUGGAUAUACUCUAUCUUAACGCGAAGACGUUCGAGGCCCCUCUUGAAGAUCCAGGUGAUUGCCGGGUUCAAUUUCAAGACGGUCUCAAAAGUAUGGACAGGAUUCAACUUAGUCGAGUUCAGAACUUGUGCAUUGCCUCUGGAGGCUUGAACAGGCGGGGCUUUCUAGCGUCAAUUCUCUCCCAUUUCCCAAGAUUGAUCAAUCUUCACAUCGUGAUAAAUCAUCAUCACCUGGGCAAGUGUUAUCCCACCAUUAGGACGUGCAAUGGAAUGCUUUGCUUAGAGAAAAACUUCACGCCUGAGCAGCAUGCCGAUCUUAUCUUUACGGAAGGCCAUGUUGAUUUGAUUCGCAAUCUCAGCCAAUAUCGCAUCAACAAGACACAUCCUGAGCUUCAUCCUCGUAUGAGACACUUUCGCCAACCUACUGAGAUUGAAGAACUAUCUACCGACGAAGAUACACUCAGGAAUUAA